CUUUCUCCACAUGAAGCCUUCUAUCCCAGGACAGGGUUUUAUCAUGUGAAAGUAAAGCAGAACUGCAGACAGUGUUCUGUGUGAGUGAUCCUGAACAUGGACGUGAUUUCCUCUUUAGCAGCCGUCAGCUGUCAGAGUGCUCAGGGCGGGCUCCUGUGUGUACUCACAGUGCAGACACAGCGGACAUGAAGCAUUCUGCACAUUCUAACCCUGUAUGCUCUGAUUUAGAUUUGAAAGUUGUUAGCUGAUCCUGUGUGGAGGGGGUCAUCAUGGAUCACAGAGGUCACCCCCGGAAUGACUCUGGCCGUCAGUCCCAUAGAUCCAAAGACAGAGAGGACUACUACAGGUACUCUAAGCAGGACAGGGAGCAGAGCAACACACCAGCUCCCCUCCCCAGAGAGAGGGACCAGCACUGGGCUCAGGACCCCCGCUACAGGGCUCAGUUCAGCAGCCCUCCUGCCAGACCGGAGCAGUAUCCUCACAACACCCAGCAGUAUCCUUACAGCUAUAUCCUACCAGAACAUCAAAGACCUCAGUCCAGGUAUGGGUAUGACUAUCCCCCCCACGGCCACUGGGACUACAGAGAUCACUAUGGUUGCUAUGAGCAGGACUACUACAGACGACAGCCUGGACCACAAGACGCUGGUCAGUGGGGGCCCCAAGACUCCUGGAGAACGGGCCCUCCUCAUGACAGAACAUUCAAGCAGGAACCCUCAGGGAGCGCCUACAGCGAGGAGUACAGGUAUGACCCGGGCAGAGACAGCUCCCAGCAUUACCUCAAUGACUAUGAGGAUAACAAUCCCUCCAGAGACAACGAAGAGCUUUCCUCUUAUUACCAGGGGACGUUAGCGAGCUCCAAGAACUCAGGCAUGUCCUCCAGCAGCUAUGAGCUGAGUCAGUACAUCAACGGAGCGGAGCACAGCAAGCCGCUCCCUCAGUCUGUCCUGACAGCAGAGAACUCAGAGCAUGUUCCGGUGCCUCAGAUUUCCGCUCCUCUGAAGUUCUCCCUCCCUCAUGUGGUGGUCAGCUUUGGGCCGGCGGGCCAGCUGAUCCGAGUCACUCCGGGACUCUCCACGCAGGAGAACUUCAGCCAGCUGGAAAUCCACAGUCUGGAAGUCAUUCUGGGAGAGACAGAGGAACAGCAGGACAUGAGAAACUUCCCAGGGCCUUUAUCCAGGGAGGACCUGCACAAAGUAGAUGCUAUAGAGUUUGCCCAGCAGAGGGCUUCUGCCUGUCUGAGUGGGGGGGAGCUGCAGGACAGGAGCUCUGCCACCCUCCUGUGGAACCUGCUCAUCCUGCUCUGCAGACAGAACGGACAAAUAGUUGGCUCAGACAUCGCCGAGCUGCUGGUGCAGGGCUCAAAUUCAGACGGAAGCUGCAAGGUUGAGACCCCCACCCUCAUCGACUUCAGUGAGGGCACGGAUCCAGCUGAAGCUCCGGCUCUCUCAGGAGACGACCUGCUCACAGGAAACAGCAGCAGCCCAAGCUCUGAGGGCUGUGAGAGGGCUCUGCAGAGCUACACACAGCUGCUGCUGGCUGGGAGAAAGAAGGAGGCCCUCGAGUCAGCUAUGAGCAAUGGCCUGUGGGGACACGCUCUGUUCCUGGCCAGCAAAAUGGACAGCAGAUCCUACAGCAUGGUGCUGAACAGGUUUACAGGCCAGCUGACAGCCAGCGAUCCCCUCCAGACCCUCUUCCACCUGCUGACUGGGAGAGUCCCUGCUGCUGCCCUGUGCUGUGGCAAUGAGAAAUGGGGGGACUGGAGGCCCCACCUGGCUGUCCUGCUGUCCAAUGAGACAGGAGAUCCUGCUGUCCAGCAGAAUGCCAUCAUCACUAUGGGAGACACCCUCGCCUCCAAAGGCCUGACACAUGCCGCCCAUGUGUGCUACCUGACUGCCGGCGUCUCCUUCGGGGCCUUCCCUCAGAAGGCGGAGAGGAUGGUGCUGCUGGGCAGCAGCCACAGGCAGUCCUUUGAACACUUUGCCACUAACCUGGCCAUUCAGUGCACUGAACUGUAUGAGUACUGCCAGACUCUGGGGGGCAAAGGCCUUUCAAUCCCAUCCUUUCAGGUGUACAAGUUCCUGUAUGCGGCUCGCCUGCUGGACUGCGGGCUCUCCUCUCAGGCCUUUCAUUACUGCGAGGUGGUGGGUCAGGCCUUGCUCAGGCAGCGGGAGCUUUACUCUGUGCUGACCGGAGAAGUUAUUAAGCUGUCCGACAGGCUGAGACACUCAGAGGGACAGUUCAAUGACACAGGGGUCAGUGGGGCAGGCCAGGAACCCGAUUGGCUCAAACUGCUCCGUGCUCGCCUCCACAGUUUACAGACGGGGCGUUUGGACUGCACUGAAACACACCAGCCUGCUCCUGAGGGAAAUGCUAUGGCCUAUACAGAUCCAGACUUUGAUGACCUAAACAGUGACAUCCAGAGUCCUGAGCCUGAGCUGCUUUACUACAGACGAGAUCCAGAUCCAGAUGUGGAUCAGGAACCCCUCCAGCCUCACAUUGCAGUCAGUGAGGAUAUGAAGGUGUUGUCGUGGGACGGCAGCGGAGCUCAGGACUGGCAACAGGCCAAUUCUCCGAUGACAGUCACCCCAGUUUCUGCUCCCCCAGCUCCCCCAGUGGCUGCAAGCCAAGCCUUCACUUAUCAUAACACAGAUAGUGCAGAAGUCAGACCGGCCUGGCCACAUUGUGCUCUGAGUAACCAGCCAUCAGCCGAGGGGGCUGGAUCAUCCUGUGGAGCGCCCACAAUGGGGUUUCAGAUGCAGGAAGUCAGCUUCAGCCAGCAGAGUCAGCAGAGCAUCCCCCAGAGUUUAGAGGCCUACGAGGAGAGCAGCGAGCCUCCUAAACAGAACACCAAGGCCGGGUGGUUCAGUGGUUGGUUCAAAUCCAAACCUAAAGAUGUUCCGGAGGAGAGUUCAGAGCGGAGAAGCACAGCUCAGACGGAUUCGACCCCGAGUACUGGCUUCUGUCCCCCUCCUCCGCCUGCCAUGGCACCUCCUGGCAUGUUUCCAUCCCAGCCUUCUUCUCUGCUGGGAUCAACCCCUUUUCAAGGAAAGCAGGCCAGCAGCUGGGGUAGAGCCCUGUAAGGACCACUAGCCUGGAUCACAGGACCACUGACUUCAUGAGAACCAAAGUGUGCUACCACUAACAGUGCCUUCAUGUUAUUAAUGAGAGUUUCAACUGAAUUUAGGUAAACGCCAACAAAAAAAAUCGGUCAUGUUCCCCCCGUCCACAUUUUCUUUUUAGGCGUGCCUGUUAAACCCCCACAGCCUGCUCACCAUCUUGUUGUGUAGGACACAGGAAUUCUCCUGAGGAAAUGUCGUAAUAACUCAUAUUACAGUGAGGAAAAACAUUAGAGAGGUGUAAAAGCUGACAGAAGGGAAAACUCCGGCGGACCGGGACCUAUUUCAGGGAAGGGAUAUCUUAAUUGACCCAAUAACCAUUUAUGUAUUAUACGUAAUAUGACCAGGACAAUCGAUGCCAGCAUCACGCAGUGACCGUCUCCUCCGUAUCUGCACAUCCAAUGACUCUCAUUACUCAACAUAAGAAGUAACUACAUUUAAGUUAUAUUGGGAAGUAUAAAUCCAUCUGUCCAUCAUCUUUACAGUUCUAUAGGGAGUACUAGAAAAGUAUUUCACACUAUAAGUAAAAGUCCUGCAUUUAAAACAUACUUAACUAAAAGUAUUACAAGCACAAUGCAAUAGAAGUACAGAGUAAAAUGUUGUGCGAAUUUCAACUCCUUAAUAUACUUUUGGCUAGAAUAAUUCACAGCAUAUUCUAUGAGAUCACCAUAUUAUUUUGUAGCUUUAUUGCUGUCCUGUGAGAACACCCCUAUAUUCAGAUUUGUGACGAUGCAUUUUCCAGCUGAUUCAAGAUGAUUAAUAAAUAGUUUAUAAGGAGAGUUAAAUAUUGAGGAACACUAUGUAUUUCAUGAACAUUCACCCAAAAUGUAGAGACGUUGUUGAAUGAAACCUGAACUAAAGCUGUCAGACAAUUGUAAAAGACACAAUAUCUUACUCUAAAUAUAAAGUUGCAUAAAAUGGAAAUACCUCAAAUUAGUACUUAAGUGAAGCAUUUUAGGCAAUGUAUAUUCCACCACUCUAUUUUGACGAUCGAUUUUCUAUAACCUUAAAUAAAAUUACCCAAUGACUAAAAAUGCAUUAAUGCAGAUUAGCUCAUUAGCUCAGAUGGUAACUCAAAAACAAAAACUAUGCAGUGGUCAUUCAUUAUCCUCACAAAAGCAAUGUUUAAUCUUCCACGGUGAUUAAACAGAAUUGCCAUGCUGCCUAAUUUAAUGCACAUGUAUGUAUGAACAUUAUUUGAUUGUGUUAAGGAUCUGUAAAGCAGAAUAGCUCGAAUUAUAUGUGGCAUAUACAGUACACAACAGAAAUAGACUUGUCAUGGUGCCAAGAUGGAUGAUACCACAUGUUGUUAGGAGGAGGGGGGGUGGGGGGGCUGGGGGAGACCUCUGCCAGGCAAACACCCAACAUGCCCCACUCCCCCAUCACAACCAGCCAGGAGACAAUUAUAGGAUUGAACUGUUUACAAGCUGAUAUUUCCUCUGAGAACGAGCUUCAUUUUUAGCCCUGUUUUUUAAUGUUUGUGUGAAGACAAAGCUUAAAAUGUAUAUAAAACACACAGUAAUAUAUGAUUUGGAAUAUUUUAGAACAAACUUUUUAUGACUAUCACCAUGUAUACAUAUCUGGAUGUAACUGAUUUGUUUUACUUCGAUUCCUUUGGCUCUGUUUUAUGUAUAACAGAAUACAGUAUGCUUUUGUUUGUACAGGCAAUGGAUUAUUUACCCGUUUAUCAGUGCAAUUCUGCCAUAAAAACAUCACGCCAGA